CAGCAACUGGAUAAAUUCUUUUGAGCAAAUAAACAAAAUUCAGUUCUUGCUGUUCUUUUUAGCUUCUCACUUCAAAGUUCAAAUCCACCCGCCAUGAAUUCUCCAUAGACCCUCAAAAAAGAAGUUACUGGAUUGUCUUAUAAGGUUUACUCUGAUUUCCAUGACUAAUCUUCAAAUUUCUAUCAAUAUUUCUACUUUAAAUAGCUCAUGUGAUAAUCUAAACAGAAAAAGAAGCUUUUCCUCGCUCAAAUUUCUCCAACCCACUAGUUCAUAUUCUCCAUCAGGAGCUAAAAAUGGUUUAAAAUUAAGAGGUUUAAAGGAGAAAAGAAUUUUGUUAGGGGAGAAAAAUGAGAUUUUGUUGAGGUUGGAGAGAAGGAUAAGGAAGAAUGAGAAAAGGGUUGUAGUUGUUAAAGCUAACGGAGGGUUUGGCCUUAAUGGAGGUGGUGGUGGUGGAGGUGGUGGAGGAGGAGAUAACAACACUGGGAAGCUUUUGGGUAAUAUUGCCGUUGUAAUUGGAUUAGUUUAUCUUUCAGUGACGGACCAACUAGGAUGGAUUUUGGAUGCAAUUGUUUCACUUUGGCUACUGGCAAUAAUUUUACCGGCGUUGGGAUUGGGUGCUUUCAUCUGGUGGGCAGGUCAGGAUAUGGUACAAGACAGUUGCCCCAACUGUGGAAAUGAAUUUCAAAUUUUCAAAUCUUCUAUGAAAGAUGGUCCGCAGCUUUGCCCCUACUGUAGUCAACCUUUCUCAGUCAAGGGCAGUAAGUUUGUAAAAGAACCAACUAUCUUUUCAAAUCAGUCCACCACGUAUGGACAAGCAUUUGAUGGUUUCUCCAGCAAGAAAGGGAAAACUGGGAAAACCUCUUCUCUACCAGUUGUUGAUGUUGAAGCUGAAGUAAUGGAUGUGGACUGAUACCUUGUAUAAAACCUUUUAUUUGAUUGGUGUCAAGGGAUCCUCAAUAGACUCAUCUAUACAAUAUCAUAAACAUGAUAUUUAGGCAGAAGUUUUGUACUUAUAAUGACAGGCAGAAGUUUUGUACUUAUAAUGACUUGUGUUAGAGAGGGUUGUUGUUGUUGCAUGUAACUUUAUAUUAUGAAAGUGUAUCAUGUAUUCAUCAGUAUCCAGUUUGGGUAAAUACCCAUUUACACAGAGAGGCAAAAGAAGAGCUUAGAAACUUGAAUGAUUCAUUAGUAAAUUUAGCUCAGUCUUGUGUAAAUUA